AUGAAACUGGAUGGUCUCUGUGACCUCAUUGGUCACAACUACUUUAGUCUAAAGGCAAAAGGCCCUUUUGACUUUAAUCACCAGACUAGCUCUGGCAUUAACUUGUCAGAUGUCAGGGGAGCAUCAGAAAAAACAGACCUCAGUUUUACAACAGAAGUACUUUCUGAAACAUUAGAAACUAAUGAGCAGUCAAUAUUGGUGCUUCCAGGAAGAAUAUCCUGUGAGAACCCUGGUGAAAUAUUCAUUUUGUUGAAAGACGAAAUAGAUGAUGAAACUUUAGAAAUUGAAUUCAUAGCAGAUAAUCAACGAAUUAGGACAAAGCCAGGCUCUUGGAAUAAGAAGGUCAAAUACAUGAAAGCCUUAGAUUUUCCUGCUGGCCCUGUUUAUGUAAAUGUCUACUGUGGGGGAGUCAUUAAGACCACAGCGCACAUCGAGUACUAUACUGCACUAGAGGAAAUUGAGCACAUUUUUAAGAAAGUGGCUGACCCAAUAGCUCUCACUUGUCAGGCUUUUAAAUUUUCUUCUGUAGAGAAGCUGGACAAUGUUCUGACUUUGUUAUUGAAAAGCAAAAUGUCUGCUUAUGAACUUGGUCCCUUCCAAAGUGAAGAAGAGCACCAUCAACAAGCUAAUAGCCAUUUGGAAGAAUUUCCUACUCUCCUUCACUGUGCGGCCAGAUUUGGGUUAAAGAACCUUGCAGCAUUUCUACUUAAUAGUCCUGAGGCCACACGGGCUUGCAAAAUAACCAACAAAUAUGGAGAUGAUCCAGCAAGUAUCGCUGAGAAGCACGGGCACAGGGAACUAAGAAAAUUAAUCAAAGAAUUGUCAAACUGUACUGCAGAUAAUUUCACCAGUUGCAAAGAGGAAGCUGAAGAUGAUGACACGUAUGUGCUUAUGUUGGGCUCAGAAACUCAACCAGCCGUGACCAAGCAGAACCCAGGAGAUCAAUAUGGAAUUGGAUCAAGAUGCCAACAAGAGACUGAGGUGGAUGAGGAAAAGAAUGAUGUAGAAGGCAGCAGAGAGGAGACAGAACAUGAAGAUCAUGAAGAGGAAGCUUCAAGCAGCUUCGACAACAGUCCUGACAAUUUGUAUGCCAGCAUACCUGAAGAUCUUGAAGAGAACAGAAGAGACUGCUUUCUCUGUAAGAGGCCACCACCUCCUCCCCCUCGAAAUCUGCCUGGCGUCCUAAGACAGGACGAUCUGCACAGUUUAUCUGAAGAAUUCCUCGCUUUUUCAGAGAGGAAUUUUAUGGAGGACAGAAGUGAAAGAGAACAUGGUGACGGACUCAUAACAGCAUGCUGCAGAGAAGACCAAGAUACAUGCAAGGGAGAUGGUGAGGAGGAACACCCAUACGCUUUUGCAAAAUUGGAUGAAUGUGUGUAUGAAUUCAUACUGACUGAGAAUGAGGAGGAGAAGAGGAAAGAAUGCAGAUCUUUUAUCAUGAACAGGCCACCAGCUCCUGCCCCUCGUCCCAUGUCUUCACCAGUCAGAGAGGAGAACACUCCCUAUAUAGUACAAG